UGCCUCCCACAUCGCCGUUCUUCUCUGGGCUUCAUCUAAGAGUUGCAUCGUCUCGUUACAGUCAUCAUGUUCUUCUGCCUCCUCUUCCUAAGUGUUAUUUCAACAUUACCGACCACCAGUUAUUCUCUAACUUGUAUAGAAUGCUCGGGUAUUGAUGAGUUUGAUAUUGGCAUUCCAUGUACGGGAAUUGUGAAAACCUGCUCUUCAAAGGAGGUUUGCGUAUCCAAACAUUCCGUGGCCAUAAUAGGUGGUUUGCAACAACCAAGAGCCUAUGGAAGAACUUGUGGGCAACGUGAGCUGUGCUCUGUUUCAGUCAGUGCUAGCGCUCCUUAUGGAAGAAUAAUGAUGAGCUUCUCCUGCUGUGACACAGAUCGCUGUACUCCUCCCCGUCCCGAAUUGCCUUCUAUAUCCUCUGAAAAAAAUGGCGUUGUCUGCAAGACCUGCCAGAGCAAGGAAAACGUUCCCUGUGACUCUACGACUUACAUGGACUGUGUCGGAGAAGAAACAAAGUGCUUUUCUCAGGUGACAAGUUCAGGAUCGCGGGGAGCGGCUGAACGUGGCUGCGCCACCCCGAGCUUGUGCGCGAUUCCUCAUAACGAAGGGUCGUUUGGAAAUCUGGAUUUUAAAGUGGAUACCACCUGCACGGACGGAGGUGCCGGCCUCCACUACCGCCUGCAUCUGCUGCCCAUCACCUUCAUUUGCCUCUUCAAGGUCAUGAGUUAAAGUCAUCGUGAAGGUCAAACGUCCGAACCUUAAUCCGCUAUUAACGAUCGCUUACACCCCAUAAUUAUGUCCGUCAGUCGCCCUCUCGUCCAGUUGAUGGCUCUGUCUCUGGGAAAGCUGGGUGACAAGUAAUAUGGCUCCUAUAGGAGAGUCCACCAGGCUUUCCAUCACUUAUGAACGGCAAUCCUCCCAUCUCGCUGUCCGGACUCAGGGAAAGCUGGAUGAACACCCACAAUGGGGGUUGUAGUGGUAGCCA